ACGAUGCCCGGUAGUCUAAGUGGAAUCUGACACUAUUAAAGAUAAAAGAAUGGAGUGCAUUUAUUUCUUCUUGUCGGUACGCUCAGAGAUAAAUUAUUUCCUGUGGACAUUGGACCUACUUUACCCAUCAACCGAGUGCUAGUCAAGUCCGUUAGGAAACGCUCUCAGUACGCGACGAUGUCCACUUUCCAUGGUGAUUUAUUUUCUUCAUAUAAUAAAGGCCGAACAAUGCUACGUACAGCACCUAUCUUUUUGGAUGCAGGAAGUGCACUUACUGCCGGCAUUUUGACAGUUCUCCUGUACCUUGUUAGCAAAGCAAUUUACAAUGUGUUCCUCCAUCCAUUGAGCCGCUUCCCUGGCCCUCUGUCCCAUGCCAUAUCUCGGAUGCCAUACUUAUACAAAGCAACAAAAGGCACCCUUCCAUUCGACAUGCUAGACAUGCACGCGCAUUAUGGAAACAUCGUCCGUAUCGCUCCAGAUGAACUUGCCUUUUCUCAUCCCGACGCAUGGAAAGAUAUCAUGGGGCACAAGAAGGAAGAGCUUGAAAUGCAAAAGGCAAGAUGGUUUUAUCAACCAUUAGAAGGUGAACCUCUGCACGUUGUCAAUGCACCACAGCAUGAGCAUCGUCAACUGCGGCGACAACUCGCACAUGGGUUCUCAGAAAGGUCGAUGAGAGAUCAAGAGCCUCUGAUUCGCGGAUACGUCGAUUUCCUACUGCAGAAGCUCCAUGAGCUUUCCAGAGAUAAGGAACCAGUUGUUAUUUCUGAUUGGUAUAACUAUACAACAUUUGACAUUAUCGGCGACUUGGCGUUCGGUGAGCCCUUUGGGUGUUUGAAAAGCUCGGAUUAUGAUGGAUGGAUACAAGGCAUUUUCCAAUCCGGACGUUUAGGGACAAUAUUGCAAGCUUUGUCCUUCUAUCCAUGGUUGAAAAGAGCUCUAUUAUCCUUGGUCCCGAAAUCAAUGCAAGAAGAGCAUCAAAAGCACAAGGAGUUCAGCAAGGCAAAAAUACUCCGGCGCAUUUCUAACAGCGAAGGACGAGCAGAUCUGAUCGAAGGGCUCAUAAGAAGGAAGGAUGAACUAAACUUAAGUGUUGGGAAGUUGAUUGCGAAUGCUGAAAUUCUCAUUAUUGGAGGUUCUGAGACAACUGCUACCUUGCUGAGCGGAGUGACAUACCUGCUCUUAAAGAACCCUGAUAUUUACAAAAAGCUGGCACACGAAGUUCGCACAGUAUUUCACAGUGCAGAGGAGAUUGAUCUCAUCUCAGUGAAUCGACUACCAUACAUGCUAGCAUGUCUUGAGGAGGCGCUACGCAUGUAUCCCCCCGUAGCCAACGGUCUGCCUCGAAUGUGUCCGAAAGGGGGAGCCAAGGUAUUGGGGCAAUAUAUUCCCGAGAAUACUUACGUUUCAAUCCACCAAUGGGCCCUCUAUCGCCGUGCAGAUUAUUUUACGGACCCAAACAAUUACCACCCUGAACGAUUUCUCGGUGAUUCUCGCUUCGUAAAUGACCGACUCGACGCAUUACAACCAUUUCACGUGGGGCCAAGGAACUGUCUAGGGCGCAAUCUUGCCUACAGCGAAAUGCGCCUUAUUCUGGCACUUAUCGUUUUUAAUUUUGACAUCAGACUUUCCGAUCAUUCUUGCAACUGGAUCCAGCAGAAGAAUUUCCUCAUGUGGCAAAAGCCGCCACUGAAGGUCCAUUUGACUCCGGUGCUUUGAUACACGGGGCAUUCAUUCUACGGGCGUUUUACAUGCGGAUGUUUGAUAUUUAACCUAGAGAUAAACAAGGAAAUUCAUAGCUUAUAAUGUAUUUCUAUUUCAGG